CUCCCCCGUCUAUCACUACACCGGGUAGAAUUCCUUCAACCGAAAAUAGAAAUUGUACCCAUAAUUCUCCAAAUGUAGACUACAUUUUCGCUAGUAUUUUAAAAUCUUCUGGCUUUCCUUUUAUUUUGGAAUCACCAUGAGUAAGUAGCACUUUUCUCGAGGCCUUACAUCUCGCUCAAUCUUUUUGUUGUUGUUGGGGACUAAAUAUGAUCUCAUUUGUCUGAAGGUCGGAAAGCACGCGUUACUUUUAGCUACAAGCCCGAACAGGAAGAUGAACUAACCUUGGAAGUUGGAGACAUCAUUACUAAUAUAACUGAUGUGGACGUUGGUUGGUGUGAGGGAGAAUUGAACGGAAAGAGGGGAAUGUUUCCAGAUAAUUUCGUCGAGGAGUUCAGCACGCCUGGCGAGGAAGUAGCAAAUGCUGCACCACUUCCGAGCUCCAAUUCUAAAACAGGUCAGGUGAAACAUGAACUAAGAGUAAGAGAACGUUUCCUUGUAGAUUAUCGAAUCUUUUUAUUGGAAAAAAAAAAAACGUAAUUCGGGUUUGGCGGGAUUUAUUUCAUGACAAGCUGUUUCGCAUAGUUCUCAAAUAUCGAUUUCAUUUAAUUCGUAUUUGCAUAUGACUGCAAGUUAUAUUUGAAGUUGAAUAAUCUUUCUUACUAAAUUUUCGUGAGUUCAGUAGCCCUGAGUUUUUCAGUUUUAGUUAGAGCUAUGUUAUACUGAAUUAACAAAUGGCUUUUAAUUUUGCUUAUAAAUGUCCCCAUAACAAAAAUCUCGCGUUCUUCCUGUUUGUGAAGAGCUCUACGGAAUACUACAGUUUCGAUUUAUUAUUCUCUCUUGAAGCUUGUUUACCUCAUUUGUGAAAAUUGAAUAGCGUUUUCAAUUUGGACCUAUCUGUUUGCUCUUCAAUGUAUACUUUGAACUUUCCACUUCGGCUGACAUGCAUGAAUAUUACAAGGAUAUUUUUGUGUGGUAUUCGAAACUCUUCCUUAACUGAUGUCUACUUUCAAUUUGUGAGGUUUUCUGAUCGCUUUCGAAAGGAAGUUUCUGUGUUAAUUAGACAUUUUCCUCUAACGGUUAACCCUUCCAAAGUGAAACUAUCAAUUUAACAAAGAGAUGAACUGAUCAGUGGCAACUUUGGAAUUUGAAGUAAGAGAACAGUGACAUGAAAGGAAGAUAAUGUGUCUGUAAUGAACCUGCCAUAAUUCAGUAUGUUCUGUUAUCAGUUACCAGUUUUCUCUGGAAAAGAUUACAUGGUUCCAAUAAGAUUGGCUUUUAUUUGUCCAAGAUACAAUUUGCUGUGAAAUAAAUUCCAUUUGAACUGCUGAUUGAAAGCUAUGAUCUUAGCAGGUGGGCUGCAGUUUCAGUAUCUGCAGUAAAGAUGGGAUUUGAAAUCAAGCUUCUCAGAUACCAGCAGUCAAGAUUGAGGAGCCAGGCUUGUUUCUUCCAACAUCAUACCACCUGUAGAGACCUGGGGCAAAUGAUUGGAUGUGAGGAAAUGGAGGUUCUGAUUCCAAGAAAAAGUUCACUUGAUUGCCAGUCAAGAAAACUUUCUCUUUUAGACUGUUUUCUUUUCCUUUGGUCUGAUUAUUUGCCCCUAGGUUUUUUCUUUGUGAAUUUUACUUUACUAAAGUAUGUUUUGUUAAAAAUUUUCUUGAAAUUGCUUAUUGUAGGAAAGAAGGCCAAAGUAGCAUUUGAUUAUGAGGCACAAGAUGCUGAUGAAUUGACAUUAAAUAUGGGAGAUGUUGUGGAUUUUAUGGAGGAAGUAGAAGAAGGCUGGUGGAAAGGCAAAUUGCAUGGAAAAGUUGGUGUCUUUCCUUCUAAUUUUGUUGAAAUGAUUGAGGAAGAGGACACCAAUCCAAACCAAGACAAGCCAGCACAGAUAAAAAGUAAUUCACAAUUAUUUGACAUAUUACAUGUGUAUGUAUACUCUGGACAGCCAGUUGUUGUAUUGUAUCAAAAUAUUACUUAAUUUUUGCACCUGAAACUAAAUUAGUUUUAUACAGGUGUGUAUACUAAUUUUUGCAUUUAUCUGCUCAAAAAUGCCUGAAUUCAACGACAGUCCACUCCCUGGGUUAAAUGUGUUAAAAAAUCCCUAAUGUUUUUUUCCCGAGGCUCUCAAUAAAUAGAAAAACAUCUCUCUUUAUGUCAUGACCAAGUUUGAAAUUUUACCAUUUUUCUUAUUCCAUUCACUCAAGUGAAGCAUGCAAUUUUUACCAAUCCUGACAGUAUGUGGAAUGAGUAUCAUACAUGAAUCUGUUAAUUGCUUAGUUUAUCAUAGGAUUUCUGUGGCUCUGCCUUAGAGCCUCAAAGCAAGAAACCUGAGGGUCUGAGAUUUGAUUCCUAGUGAGGGCUCAGAAUUUUUUCUUUGUUUCAUGCUUAUGACAAAAUGAAAAAACUUCUUCCUCUAGGUCCUCCAGUAAUUUCAUACAAGUACAGUACACUUGUUGAUUGAUCUACUGAUUUUAAAACUAGAGUGUGUACAAAACCAUGCCAUCCUCAAUAACAGCAAUGCCAUAACUUGUGAAGAGAACUUGAGUUGGUGGCUUGAUAGUGUCCACACAAUACAUUUCCUUUAAAACUAUUGGGUAAUUUUUAUUGAUUUUCAUUCAUUUCAGCUGAAAAAGAGCCAACUGUCAGUCACGGUCGGUUAGGAGUUGCAGUACUCGAGGAUCAUGAUGCUGGUAUCAAUAAAAGACAUUCUGGUGUAGAAAAGGCUAAGCAGUUGCCUGGAGGGGGUAUGGGAUUUGGUAACCUCGUUAACCCCGACAUGCUUGCUAAGAAACUCAAGAAAGUCCAUCAUGACGAAAAGAAGGAGAAAAAAGACAAACUUGAAGAUAAAAAUGUUCCUGCUGAACCAAGCAAGACUGCUGCCACUGCAAAGGCACCUUUGGUAUGACUUUAUAAAUUUUCUCUCUAAGUCUCUAGGCCUUUAUCUUCCGAAUGCCAGGAAGACACAAAUUUAUAGACCUUGGUCAUGUAUUAUGUUUCUUAUGAGAGUCAAAAAUUAUAUUGAUGAUAUUUGGCCAAUGGAUGAUGAAAGGCACAAUUAAUGUUUACUUGCAGAUUUACUAAGGUUAAAGUGAUAUUUACCUCUCAUGGUUAGGAAAAUUUAGCAAAACUGGUGGGAAAAAAACCAGAUAUUUUUGAGGACAUAAAGAUCACUUCAUGACAUUGUUUUGUCCUCAAGUUCAAAAUCAUUUGCACCGACCAGAAUCAUAAAUUUGCAUGACUGUAUACCUUGAAUGUGUUGCAAGGAGAAAUUCUAUAAACAGGAUUCGGUGUGAUGUCAGCACAGAAUUUACAGUUUUUGUCCAUUUAGAAUCAAGACUUCAAAAUUUGUUUAAGUGUUGAUACUUGACUGGACUUAUUGUAACUUACAGGGGUUUUAGUUUUAGGUAAGCAAUAAACAACACUAUUCAGCAUAAAAUCCAGUGAUAUAAUCUUUUACAGGGUACCAAAUCAAGGCCUGCACCCCCUGUUCCAUCCACUCCUCCAAUUGUUCAACCAGGUAUAUUUUUUGCAUUGUUCACCCUUUAUACCCUUAUAUCAGUAUGCAUAUUCUCCAUACUGUUCUCUAUACAUUUCAUAUGGUACCUACAUGGAGAAUUUGUCUUGAACAGUUGAGAGCUUCUUUGGUAGGUGGUCUUUCCUUUGUUCUCAUGACCUUUAUUAAUUAAUGUUUCAUCAGAUAUGAUACUGUAAGCAUAAAUUAAAUGCUGGUCACUCGUAGGGGCUAAAGCUCAAGAGCUAUGUUAACCAUUUACGGUAUGAUAUGGCAAGAAAGAACUAGUUUUAAUACUGCUGCUUCAUCUACCAUCUAGUAGAUCUGGUUCACGCAAGUGUGUUUGUGCUAAUCUUACGUAUUUUAUUUUUAGCCAAGAAACCGACUGAACGUGCAAAAGUCGUGUUUGAUUAUGAGCCUGAAAAUCCUGAUGAACUUAAAUUAACAGAAGGAGAUAUUGUCAUUGUUACGAACCAAAACAUUCCUGACACAGAGGGCUGGUGGGAAGGAGAGCUAAAUGGAAUAGCUGGUGUCUUCCCUUCUAACUUUGUUGAUCUGCUACCAGUAGGUGCAGAAGAAGUUUUAUCAAAGGUAUUGGGGUUUUUUUUUCUUAGCACCUUAUUUUAUUGUGCUCUAAGAUUAAAUUGUGCUUCAAUCCUUCACCAAAAUCUAGGCAAAGUUCAGACAAAAGAUUUGAAAAUGAACACAUGUAGCCAACAGUACCCUGCAACCCUUUGCAAUGUUGGUUAGCACCCUGGAAACAGAGAGAAAAUUGUAGCUGGUUUAAAAGUCACUAAUACAGUGUAGGAGUGGGGUGCAUCCAUCUUGGAAUUCUUCUAUGAGAAAUAGGAUUUUCACAACAGAUAAGCACAUUUUUCCAGAUUUGGGCAUAGUGGUGUGGGUGUUCCAAUGGUGUUUAACCAGGAUCAUACAGCUGUACACUUUAAGAAGGUUUCAGUCCACCAAUUACUCUAGUUUCUUGUGCCUAUGGUUGCAUGAAAUUGCACAAAGUUUAUUGAAAUUUAAAUUUAGUUAUGUUUUGUCUUUUGGUGACUUGGUGCACUCAAUAUUUCUCUAAUUUCAAAUAUCCUUCUCUCCUCAAAAGUGUGAAACUCGUGAUAAUAAGAAUACAAUACUGUUUAAUAUUGUUGAGCACUCCUAUCAUUAGCUGAUAAUAUUAGUUGAACUUUACUUAGUUUUUACUUCCUCCAGAGUGACUGAGCUGCCAUUAGUAAAAGUUGCUGGCUGGAAUUUUACAAAAGGGAUCUCAAUAUUUGUAUGUCAGAGAGAAAAAAAGGGUUUAUCUGGAGGUUCUACUGUGUUGUACAUAUGAACACUGACACUGCUAUUGCCUUAUUACCAGGCUCCUGCUCCUGCUCCUGCUCCUGCUCCUGCUCCACCUCAGACUCACAAGAAAAGUGUUCCAGUUUUGCCUAUGAAAGAUGAACUGAAAAAAUCUCCAAGUAAGUAUUGUGGCCUCUGUUGCACUCCUUUUUGUAAUAAAUUGGGAUACUUUGACAAAGGCAGCAACUCAACAUCAUUUUGGCCCUCCUGCUCUUUCAAUGUUUUUUUUCUCUCGGCACAUUUGCACCCCUUGUGUUGUAAAUCCAUGCGGAAAGGAUUAGAGGAAUUUAAUUUGUUCACACACCUGUAGUAUAAAUUAUGUAACAAUACUGUCUUUGUACUUGUAUCAAAGUUGCCUGCAGAUACAGGUAGUGAUUUAAGCCUUUGGGACCACUAUUUUUGGAUCUCUGCAUCUGCAGAUAUUUUCUAAAGCCAACUUUAUACACUUGAAACCUGUUUGAGGAGGUAGCUUAGCCAGGUGGUUUGAGGAGAUCAAUCCAUAGGCUGCACUCCUUAAAUAGCCAAUGUUCUGCCUUGGGCAGGAUAACAUUUUUAACCAUUUUGCGGUUAUUUAUACAUACAUUUUAAAUAUUGUUCAUUUAUGUUGGCCCCAAAUUGCCCCAUGGAAGCUUGGGAAUAACUGAUUCAAAUAUGUGUUGCACAACCCUUUAGCUGUUAAUAAUAUAUUUGUUAGUUCAUUCACUUCUCUGUUUUUGAUAGUGUACCUGUAUCUCUCUGCUCAAAUCCACUCAGAUGUGGUAGACUAUCAGUUUAGUGCACUAUGACCCCAAUUGCUGCUCUGUGCAACUUUUGUGUGAUGAAUUACAAAUCAAAUCCUGACAAAUUUCCUUCCUUUGGUUUAACUUUUUGUUAACCCUUUCACUCCCAAGAUAUCAUUAUUUGUUCUCCUUACUGUCUGCCAUGUCAUUCUCACUGUGUUUGUUCAGAGAAUUUGGUAGUGGAUCAACUGAAUCAUGCCCUCAUGAUAUUUUUCUCUAUUCUCAACACUUGUCUGCUUGAUAUUAAAUUGAUAUAAUUAUAAGGAGAAAUUCUGUCUUGAUUACUCAUGGGAGUUUAAGGGUUAACUUUUGGAUUGUGCAGUUAUGACUUGUGCCAUGUUUAUUUCAUUUUGUUAAGAACUACCAAGGAAACAUUCCCCUCCUGUCUCUCCUAAAGAAGAAUCAAAUGUUGAUGCUAUCCCAGAAGUCAAGAAACCUGUCAAGGAUACAAGUGGGGAGCCCCCAGCUCCAGCGCCAGCCAAACCAAAGCCACCGGUGGCAGGUCAGAAGCCUGUUUUACCACCCAAGAAACCUUUACCAAUCCAUAAGAAACCUGCCACUAAAGGUAUAGCAAAGAAGCCUGAGAAGAAAGCUGAGAUUGAAAAUAGUAGUGUUGCUAAGAGUACUGAGGAAACAAAGGAUCUUGUUGAUGGCCUUUCGGCAGAGAAGCUACUAUCACAGGAAGAAGGGAUCAGUAAACCUCCUGAGAUCAAGAUGGAAAAUGUAGAAGGUGACCUCCUUGUUUUGAUGAUUUAAGUUAAUUUAGCCUACAUAAAGUGUUCCUAAGUGAAGGGACUACCCUAAGUAAGUACAUGUACACAUAUAUGGCAGUGUAUUUUAUGCAUGUACACAAAAAGCAGUCCAACCAUUGAGUAGUUAACUAUGAAGUUUUUUUUUUGUAAGAUUUAAAGUGGGUGUUUUUUUGCUGAAAAGGUGGUGGUGUUAAGUAUUAGGUUUGAUUGUUGUAGCUUAUCUUCUUGUAUACAUCUUAAGGUGAUGACAGAAGCUGAUGGCAAACACUGCAAAAUACUGUAAUGUGUGAAGUUGCUUUUUGCAUACUAUGAGAUGCAACCCUUUUAAAGACAAAUUUCUACCAAAUAGCAGUUCGAUCAAAACAACAGUACUAUAAGAUAUGAGUUGCAAGCAUUGCUGCAUAUAAAUGUAAACCUGUAUGCAUUUAUUCAUUACUGUUCUUUGCAAUUUCAAGACCUUGCAGUUGUAUGUUAAACAUUUCUACUUUUAUGCAGCCAAAUCACUGGUAUAUCCAGCGACUGCUCAGAGGCAUCAGUCUUUUAACAGGUGUUGAAUUAGCAAAAAGUUGAAUUGGUGGCUUUAAAGAGUGGUAACAUAAUGAUGGCCAAUUAAACCUUGUUGGGUACAACGUCAUGAGGAAAUUUUGGUUGUUCAAAAUGACUCUUUGUUUCAUUGCAGAAGGAGUGUCCUUAGAUGACAUCCCAGCCACAGAGACAUUAAAUCACCUGACUGCCAACCGAGCAAAGAAUCUGCACAAGAGGCGACCAUCCAAGGUUUAGCAAGUCCUUCUUGGUUGAAAUAAUAUUAUUGUGAUUAUCAGUUUUUUGCUGGAAGUACUUGUACUGUAGCAAAGCCAAGUGGUUAAAUUUGUGACCUGCAAAUUGUUAAUUCGAGCUCUGAACCAGCUACAGUAUAGCCAACUAAAUUACUUUUUGCCUAUAUGGAUCUUGUUGAUAUUCUUAAUCGUGAAAGCCUUUGCACAAUGAUUAACAUUACUGUUAGUAAACAUUGGAAUGUUUUUCAAUAAUUAAUGCCAGGGGCUGAGCAAACUGUUGUGAUCUUUCACUUGCGAACUCACUGAGAAUGGCUCUCUCCUCAGCACUUAUUUAUUAAGACAUUUGCCAAGAACUUAGUCAAAUAAGUUUUCUAUAGCGAUGUUUAUCUUGCUGACUUUCCUCCUGCUUUUUAGUUGGGAGCAGUUACUUAUCACUCUCCUAGGCUCUUUGGAUUUUGUUAAUUAUGUGUAUACUACCAGCAGUUUUGAUAUAGAUCUGAUGAAGACGUUUAAACUACAGUGUACUUUUGUUGUAGGAAGGACGAACGGACUCAGCUCGCUUAAGUGGAGGCUUACUAGAAGAGCAAAUAGCGGUAGGUUGUUAUGUUUAUUCCUGUUGGGGGGAGGGGGCGGGGGGUUAGAUUUGUGAAACCAAAUUAAGCAAUCACGGAAGCCAGACGGAAGAAAGGUUAACAUUGCAAGAAGCCAGUAAAAAUUUGAACGAUUUUGUUUCCUAGGAAACUAACAAACAGCCUCCAGAGCGUCCUAAAGAACCGCCCAGAGAACCUUCCUGGAAAAAAGAAGUUAGGGAAGCUCGGGAAAAGAAACAGGUUGCAGAAGAAAAGGUAAGGGUAAUCGGUAAAAAAUUUUGUUAGACUUCUGUUUCAGUUAUCGUAGUUGUUGCUUUUGUUGUGCGAGGCUCAAAAUGGCGAAAGUUUAGCAGUAACCAAAAAAUCAAACAAAAAGGAAGGCACUCGCAAAAAGCUUUUGAUAAAGUAAACAGCUGUCUAUUUUUUAUUUUAAGCCACCUCCUUUGCGGUCGUCCAAAACGGAGGCACUAGAGAAACGAAAAUCUCUAAAAGAAGAAGUGCCCGUACCACCAGUCCAAAAAGUUGAGCCUUUUACAACAGCGUCAGGUGAGGUGGAGAAGCUGCGAAAGGAGAUUGUGGAGCUACGAGAGAUGAUGGCUAAUAUGGAUAAGAAACAUGACGAUGCUAUCAAGAGAAUGGAGGAAAAGUUUACCCUGGAAAUAGAAGGACUCAUAAAUGACUUUGAUGAAGAAAGGAAACACAAUGCAGCGCUCAAGGUGGAAUUAGACAGAAUUAAAAGGCGUAAUGCUCGCCAUGAUACUGGAACCUCAGCUUGA